GCUAUUCGUCAGAAAAAUAUUCCGAGUUGGAGUCCCGUUACAUAGAUAUACGUUUACUGUUACCCUCGGUGUUUAAAAAGCCCUUAUUUUGGGGGUUUGGGGCCUCUAAGGGAAACUGACAGACAAUAUGCCCGGUAAAAGGUAACCGUACUCGGAGUGCUGCUGCCUCCUCAUCCGGCUAAAGGACGGAACAGGACGGCUAGACGCAAAUGGAGAGGCCGGGUAGGCUGCUGCUGCUGUCGGAGCUCCGCGUCAGAAACGGCUUGUACGAUGUUAGCCUGAGCCGGUCAGUGCUCACCUGGAAAAGACGGGCCUCUAGCCCGGUGUACCACCCGUUCAGACCCAGGUUUUGUGUUCCUUUGUUUCCUCGUCGACCUGACCCAGGUGUGUGUCACAGUGUCCCGGUGUCAGAGAUCAUCUCUGUCAGAGAGGAAGAGGAGGAGAACGGCAGCGGACAAAGAGAUGAUGGCAGCUGGAAAAAGAUUAAAUCAAGGGAAGAAAAAGACUGCAGGCAGGCCUUCACAGUGUUGUAUGUGGAGAGGUCUCGGCAGUACCGCUGGCGGUGUGCUGAGGUCACCUUCGCUUGUUCAGAUGAGGCGGUGUGUCAGCACUGGGUCACCAACAUCAGAGAGCUGCUCGCCACUAACACCAGCAGACCCAAACACCUGUUGGUCUACAUAAAUCCAUAUGGCGGGAAACGUCAGGGAAAACGGAUCUACGAGCAGAAAGUCGCCCCCCUGUUCACACUGGCUGGCAUCUCUACCAGCGUCAUUGUGACUGAGUACGCCAAUCAUGCCAGAGAUCACUUAAGGACGGCAGCAGAGCUGGAGAAAUUUGAUGGUGUGGUGUGCGUUGGAGGGGACGGCAUGUUUAGUGAGAUCAUCCACGGGCUAAUCUGGAGGACACAGAUCGACUGCGGUGUCGAUCCAAACUGUCCAGAGGAAGCACUGUCUCCUUGCUCUCUACGCAUCGGAAUCAUUCCUGCAGGGUCAACAGACUGUAUCUGCUUCGCCACUGUGGGCACAAAUGACCCUGUGACCUCUGCUCUACACGUCAUUGUGGGAGACUCUCAGGCGCUGGAUGUGUCCUCGGUUCACCACAACAACAUGUUCCUGCGAUACUCUGUCUCGCUGCUGGGAUACGGUUUUUAUGGUGAUGUGCUAACAGACAGUGAGAGGAAGAGAUGGAUGGGGCCUGCCAGAUAUGACUUCUCAGGUCUGAAGAUGUUCCUGACUCAUCAUUGCUACGAAGGAACAGUGUCCUACUUGCCAGCCGGAGGCAUCAUAGGAACACCACGAGACGCCACCAAGUGUCGAUCUGGGUGUGUGAUUUGUCAGCACAAUGGGCAGCUACUUUCAGAGAGAACUGAGAAGUAUGAGAUGGAUGAAGCGUCAGACUCUGAGUGUAAUGGCGAGUGGAGAACAAUCCGAGGGAAGUUCCUUGCUAUAAAUGCUGCCAGCAUGAGCUGUGCUUGUCCUCGCAGCCCUAAAGGCCUCUCGCCUGCUGCCCACUUGGCUGACGGCACCAUAGACCUCAUCCUCGUCCGAAAAUGUUCUCGCUUCAACUUCCUUAGACACCUCCUUCGACACACCAGCAAAGAUGACCAGUUUGACCUAACCUUCAUUGAGGUCCAUCGAGUGAGGCGUUUCCGUUUCACACCACGUCACUGCCAAAGCGACUCGGACCUGGAGUUGGACCUGCAGGAGAAUGGCAAACGGCAGAUCUUCAGCCAGAUCUGCAAAGAUCACCCAGCUUGUGGCUGUGCACCCGCCUAUAGCAGCUGGAACUGCGAUGGCGAGAUCCUGACCCACACAGCCAUUGACGUCAGAGUGCACUGCCAGUUGAUCAAGCUGUUUGCUCGAGGGAUCGAAGAGCUGCCAGUGUUUGAGGAUCUCACCAACCCCUGUGCAAUAUAGACCCCAAUUAUUCUUUCCCUGGCAUUGAAGCCAUCUGAUUAUGGCCACUGCCUAAAGCACUGCUGCAACCUCCAUCAUGUGACACUCAUCACAUCUUCCACUUGAAAACUCAGCAGGAUACUCUGGCUAAGUUAUAUUGUUACUCAACAAAUGUCAGCAGCAUGGUCAGAAACUAAACUUUACUUUCCAGGUCUGAGGAUUUAAGGUGGUUUCUUCAGAUGGGAAGUGAUGCUUAGUUUUCUUUUCCCUGGGAAAAAAAACUGUUGAAAUUUAGGAAACUGUAGAUCCAGACAGUAAAGUGUCACCUUCAGAUUUUGGAUUUCUUCUAGAUGACUGUUGGUGCUUGUUGGGAAUGAUUGUUGGGUGUUUGGUACCUGAUUUAUUUAAUAUUGAACUCCAGGCUGGAAACUGAGUCCUGUACAGCUUGACAGUGUUUCAUGUACCAAAAAUCAGAGCAAGGAUUUGUCAUGAAACAGUUGCCUCCGUCUUCUGGGUGUUUUGACCAGUAAUGGACACAAGUCCUCAUCAUUUUCAGACAAACCUUCAACUGUUAAGGCAGCUAAUGUAUUUUAUUAGCCUCUUUAAACUGAAAUUAAAUUUUUUAUUUAAAAAAAAAAACAAACUUAAAAUGGAUUGUUUUACCUGUUCAGGUGAUGUCAUCCACUUACAGAUGUUGGUACCCUUCUGUUAAAGAAAGGAAAAAUGCACAAUGGUCACUGAAAUAACUUGAAACUGACAAAAGUGAUAAAUAAAAAUCUAACACUGCUUUUGAGUUACGGUUCAUCAAGAUUAUUUUAAAAAAGAAAACCAAUGAAACUGGCCUGGUCAAAAAUGAUACCCUUGGUACCCGUAAUAUUUUCUGGCUUAACCUUUUGAGGCAAUCAAGUAAUUUUUGUAACUCUAAAAUGAGACUGCUGCACCUGUCGACAGGUAUUUUGGCCCACUCGUCAUAUGUAAACUGCUCCAGUUGUCUCAGAUUGAAGGGUGCCUUCUCCAGACUGCAUGUUUCAGCUCAUUCUACAAAUGUUCAAUAGGAUUUAGAUCGGGGCUCACUGAAGGGCUCUCCUUAGCUUUCUGUGGUCCAUGCUCAGUGUGGCACACACCAUGAUAUCAAAUAGCCCAGUGACUACGUUUCAUCCUUUAAAUAGGCAGACUGAAGAUAAGUUCGAAGACAUCCGUGAUGCUAAUUACAAAAUACAUCUUAGUUUAACACUUCUAGGGGUACCAUCAUUUUUGUCCAGGCCAGUUUCAUUAGUUUGUUUUUCAAAAUAAAUUGAAUUGAUCCUCAAUUUAAAAGCAAUGUCUGAUUUU